GCUCCGAUUUGUUUUCAGCUUUUUGCACAAAGAUCCAAGAACGCUCAGAUUGCUUGGUGCCUGUUCUUUUGGCUGACUGACGGCAGAUGGGAGGCACGAAAUCGCACAGUGGCUAAAUAUUUUUUUAAAAAAAGACUUCCUGGAUGACAUCCAAGGCCCUUAACGCCACACCUUAAUUCAGUGUGCAUUUUGCGCCCAAGCCUCUCUUCUUAGUUACAGUAAAGAGAGUGGAAGUAAACACAGUAAUAAAGGACUCAAAUGCAAAAAAAAGGAAGACUUUUUUUUUUCAUUUCUGCAAAGCCCCGUUGUUUUUCGCAAAGUUAAGCGUUCCAAGCCAGCAGAGUAACACACUAAUAUCUUGUCUUAAAAAAAAAAUUCCGUGGAUACUAAUUGGUCUAACUCGAAGUCUCCUACCUCUUUCCGCUACCAUUAAUGGGAUUGUUUCAGAAAUUGUACCCUACCUUCCUGAACUGCUAGAUAUAUUACGAAUCCUGGAAUAGAGACUAGUAAAGUACCUUGAAGUCAACACCAAUCAAAAUUAAAUUUUAAACUAAUCCCCGGGGCUGCAGGCUGCUCAGUGAUUAAAGGCGCUUACUGCUCUUACAGAGAAUUCCAGUUGAGCUUCCAGCAACUAUACCGUAGGAGAUCCGCACCUCUGAUCUUAGUGGGCACAUGCACUCAAGUACACGAACACACCCAAAUAUAAAAAUAAUAUAAAAUAAUUGAGGGAGGGAAGCGCCCCCAAACGGAAAGAGGAGAGUCGGAACUUGCUGUAGUAAGUUCCCACCCGGACGCAUUUUUCUGAUCUCAGGAAGUGGGGUUGUGUGAUUCCAGUGGCCGGAAGUUCUCUUUCUGGUUGAAUUUGUUGUUCAGAUCUUCCGCCGCGUGAUGGUGGCAACUAUCCCACUCAGCUGCAGACUAUAUUAAUCAGCACUGCAUCUUCUGGAACAAGACUGAAUAGAGACCAGUAUGCUUCCCUUCAUCCGGAAAUUUUCUGGAGCCUCUUCAAAGCUGCUAAAGUACCCUUUUACAGUGAGACUCAGAGCCAGCAGAAUAGAUGUACUUUCUCCCAAGACAUCGUUUCAGCAGAACCUUUCCCCUUUGUCGCCAAGGACUUGGCUUUCGACAUCAUUUCAAGUGUGUAUGAACAAGAUACAAUGCUAUCAUGCAUCACCGUGCAACUUUAAAAGACAGCAGAAGGAAGCAGUUGUUUCCUCCAGGACACCAAGCAGCAUCACUUACCUACCUGAUAGCCCAAAGCCAGCAUUAUACAUAAGUCUGGUGGGGUUAGUCCCCUUUAUUGCUCCACCACUCACCAUGGUCAUAACAAAGUCUUAUAUCCCCAUAUUAGCGUUUACUCAGGUGGCUUAUGGAGCCGGUUUCCUAGCUUUCUUGGGAGGGGUUAGAUGGGGCUUUGCCCUGCCAGAAAGCAGUCCAGCCAAACCAGACUACAUUAACUUAGCUAGUAGUAUGAGUCCUCUUCUGUUUUCAUGGGUAGCUGUCCUCUUUUCUGAAAGACUCAGUGAAGCCACUGUCACAGUAAUAAUGGGUUUAGGCAUAGCAUUACACAAUGAACUUUUCCUCUUGCCACAUUAUCCCCACUGGUUCAAAGCCUUGAGGAUAGUAAGUACUUUAGUGGCUUUUUUCUCAUUUGGAGUCACUUUAAUACUUAAAAGCAUUUAUCCAGAAAAAGGGCCCAAAAGUCUUGGUGAAGUAGAAAAAUAAAACCACUUUGCUGUGGAAUAAUCCUUCUGUUCUGUACACUGUGAAGACGUGUUGCCCUCAUUGUUAAUAAAGAGCUGAUUGGCUGAUGGCUAGGCAGGAUUUUUGGGACUGAGAAUGCUGGGGAGAAGGGUGGAGUCAGAGGAAGCAGGAUGGGAAGUAAGUACAUGAGGUAAAAUGAGCCUGGGGCACAUAGAUUAAUAGAAAUGGCUAAUUUAUAAGAGCUAGAAGCUUAAGCUAUCAGCUGAGCAUUUAUAAUAUUAAGUCUCUGUGUGAUUAUUUGGGGAGUGGCUGGUGGAACUGAAAAGUCCACAUAAACUACAUUAUUGAUAUUAUUUGCUACUUGACUGUAAGUCUUGGAAACUUGCAGGUUUUUUUCAGUUAUGUCAUGGGACAUAUGUUCACAAAGUACACUGCCUAUGGGACAUGUGUUCACAGGGAAUACUGCCUUCAGAGACCAGAAGAGGGUAUUGGAGUCCCUGGAGCUGGAGUUACAGACAGGCAGUUCUGAGCCUCUCAGCGUCUGGCUGGGAAUUAAACUUGAGUCCAUAACAAUACAUGUUUUGUUUUUUUGUUUUUUUUUUUGGUUUUUUGAGACAGGGUUUCUCUGUGGCUUUGGAGCCUGUCCUGUCCUUUUGUAGACCAGGCUGGCCUCGAACUCACAGAGAUCCGCCUGCCUCUGCCUCCCGAGUGCUGGGAUUAAAGGCAUGCGCCACCACCGCCCGGCUAACAAUACAUGUUCUUGACCACUGAGCCUGAGCCCUUUAUCUCUCGCUUGUACAGUUGCGUGUUAGCAUCACACCUGGGUUCCUUGUUUGGCUCUUUUUUUCCUCCCACUGGUGGGAAUUUAUUCUUCAUGGCCAUUUUUUUUUCAUUUCUAAAAAUUACUUCUUUUAGUCAAGUGAUGUUGGUCCAUAUGUUUAAUUACAGCACUCAGGAGGCAAGAGCAGGUGGAUCUUUGAAUUCAAGGCCAGACUGGCCUACAGAGCAAGUGCCAGAACAGCCAGGGCCACACAGAGAAACCCUGUUUGAAAAACAACACACACAAAAAAAUGUUUGUUUGUUUGUCUCACUAACAACUCUGGCUGUCCUGGACCUUGAUAUGUUGGCAAGGCUGGCCUAAAACUCGCAGAGAUCUGCUUGCCUCUGCCUCCCAAGUGCUGGCAUUCUAAAUACUAUUUUCUAAGUAACUCAUCUUGAAAAACCUAAUCCUUUAUUGUGUCAUAUGAGGUUAGUUUACAUCAUCUUUUUGUGAAUUGUAUAGUCAUCUACUUAAACAUUUCAGGGUUUGAAUUAUAUUGAGAACAAUAAAAGACAUUGAAAAAUCUUCUAUUAGAGUCUUG